AACACACAAAGCUGGUGGGAGCAUUCAACAAUGGCUGCCAGCUUGAGAAGAAUUACAGGGUUAGUUUCACUGCCUGCAAGAGGAAAUUCCGGUUUAGGCAACGGAAAAUGGAGCAGGAAGGGAUUUUGUUCUUCGAUCGGCGAGGAAAUGCUCGUUGAAGAAAAUAAGAAGUCUUCAUCUUCUUCUUCUUCUUCCAUGAAUCUCUUCUCUGCUAUAAAUCAGGCUCUUCAUAUCGCAUUGGAGACUGAUCCUCGUUCAUAUAUAUUUGGAGAAGAUGUGGGGUUUGGUGGUGUCUUCCGUUGCACUACUGGAUUAGCUGACCGAUUUGGUAAACACAGAGUGUUUAAUACUCCCCUCUGUGAACAGGGCAUUGUCGGAUUUGCAAUUGGUCUGGCGGCAAUGGACAAUCGGGCUAUAGCAGAAAUUCAGUUUGCGGAUUAUAUUUUUCCUGCUUUUGAUCAAAUUGUGAAUGAAGCUGCAAAGUUUAGAUAUCGAAGUGGUAAUCAAUUUAACUGCGGAGGAUUAACCAUUAGGGCACCAUAUGGAGCUGUUGGACAUGGUGGGCAUUACCACUCUCAAUCCCCAGAAGCCUUCUUUUGUCAUGUCCCUGGUAUUAAGGUUGUCAUCCCACGCAGCCCACUGCAAGCUAAAGGGUUAUUGUUGUCAAGCAUUCGUGAUCCUAAUCCAGUUGUCUUUUUUGAACCAAAGUGGCUUUACCGGUUAUCUGUGGAAGAGGUUCCGGAAGGGGAUUACAUGUUACCUCUUUCUGAGGCAGAGGUGAUUAGAGAAGGUACUGAUAUAACACUUGUUGGCUGGGGAGCUCAGCUAUCCAUCAUGGAAAAGGCCGCCAUUGAUGCUGAAAAGGAAGGGAUCUCUUGUGAGUUGAUAGACCUUAAAACUUUAGUACCUUGGGAUAAAGAAACGGUGGAGGCCUCUGUUAAAAAAACUGGAAGGCUUCUGGUCAGUCAUGAAGCUCCUAUAACCGGAGGAUUCGGUGCUGAAAUAUCUGCUUCCAUACUUGAGCGUUGCUUUCUGAGAUUAGAAGCUCCCAUUGCAAGAGUUUGUGGGCUGGACACUCCAUUCCCCCUCGUGUUUGAACCAUUCUACAUGCCUACAAAGAAUAAGAUACUGGAUGCAAUCAAAUCCACUGUAAACUACUAAUACACACAGACCGAUACGGUAAAUUCUCCUGGGGAAAAUGAGGGAAGAUAUAUUUUUACCUGUUGUAUUUUUUUAAUGUACGAGCCAUUGUAUGGGUUUGCUGGGGUGGUGGGUAGUAAAUUUUCUCCAAAGAAUAAUAUGGUGAUAGAGAAGGGGUAGGGAUGAGUUAAAAGAAAUAAGUUGGGUAAAUUUACCCCUAUACAUUUGAACUACUAAAACUCUUGUGAACUUAAUAGUGCCUCUGUAUUUCAUGUUAUACUACAUGUGGAGAAAUUCCCUCACUUGGAACAUU